AAGGAGAGGACAAACAAAGUGAAAGGUGAGGAGAAGUCAUAUAUAACCAGCCAGUUUCUGAUGAGGGUGGACUGUGGCAGCAGAUAGGUGCAUCAGCAGGGCAGUCAAGAAUCCCUGAUAGCAGAGGUUUUGUCCAGGAUGCAAACCUUGGUAACUUUGUGCGCUCUUCUCUCGCUCUUCUUUUCUAUCCAUGCAGAUGUUGUGGAACUUUUUGAGGAUGUGCCAGAAUGCAUAGGCUACUUCUAUAAAGAGAAGGUGCCAGAGUGGGGGGCUUCUACACCCGGUGCCGCUCGUCUCUGUCAGCGCUUCAUCAACAGGUACCACUUUGCCACACUGUAUGAUACCAAUCAUCGUAUUGCCGUCUACUCUGCCUAUCAUUUCCAGCCCAGCAAUGGAGGUGGCAGGGAGAAAAGGUGGUUUGUAGAGCCUCAGCUGGUAAACAUGUCCUGGCAAAUGGAGAUGAAGGAUGCCUACUGGCUGGGGAAAGACCACCCGGGGGUCUACUUAGGAGAGAGACAGGCUCUGAAUGAGGACUACACACACUCUGGCUUUGACCGUGGUCAUCUCAACCCCAACGGACACCAUGCAGUCCCUAGCCGGAAUGCCACUUUCACUCUGACCAAUGUGGUUCCUCAGAACCCCAAGCUGAACCAGAACGCCUGGAGGAUCCACGAGUCCCAGCUCACUGACCUUUUCCGGGUCAAGUGUUCCAAGGCUUAUGUGCUGGUUGGUGCCAUUCCCUCUGCAGACAACUGGAUUGUCAAAAACAAUGUAAAGCGUGUCAACAUCCCAGACUACCUGUGGAAUGCCUACUGCUGUGUGGACAACAAUGGCAGACCCAUUCAGAGUGGUGCUGUCACAGCGAGGAACACAGAGGACAACUGGGUGGAGAAGGUUUCACUGGAUGAACUGGGAGAAUUCCUGCAGCAGUUCUCCAAUCAACCAGUAGGGGAGCUGUUUUACAACAACUGCAGGGCAUAAAAGAUAUGCCAUUGCCCUUUAAUGUUACAUUAGAUUUGUAUAACCAUGAAAAACAAUUUUUCAUAUUGAUUCAAAUGUGGUAAUACAGUAAAAAACUUUAAUUUCACACUGUUGUCAACAUUUAACAGCUUAAAGACUAAUGCUUCCCUUAUUAUUAUUAUUCUCUUUCAACCACAAAUAGAUGAAUAAAAAUAAAUACCAGAGGGA